GGCUGCUCUUGCUGCUCGCUUCGAGCGCAAUUGAAGGCGUCGUGCGCCCUCCCCCGGGCGACCGGCGGGCUGCUGUGCCGCGUGCGAGCCAUGCGCUUGAUAUAUUUUGUGAAUGCCAUGUCGAAAAGACCGGUUCGGAUAAGCCGCAUUAGUAACCAGCAGCGCACCUCCAACCCUGCAGCAAGCAGCACCGCAAUUCGGAGCCGCCGAGACAAGGUAACCACCGGCGUCUGCAUGCACAGAGCAGCAAACACGGCAAUGAGAAUAAACCUGGUCUUCUUUCAACUGGACGGAGUAUCUCCGCGUGAAGAGGAUACCUACCGCUGAUUAUAAUUUUUGAGCCUACGGUGCCACACAAAACGCCCGCCGCGACCGCGACGCGCGCUCGACGUUCCAUCGCGCAGGCCAUGCCAUGACCGACGGCGACUACUACUGGUUCCGGCCGCCGCGCGAGGGCCGCGCGUCGACGUUCUACGCGACGCGCCACGCAAGUGGACGUAUUUGCGAGCAAGGCGAGCAGGCCGUGAUAGAUAUAGAAGAUCGGGACCUCCAGGCCAAGAUCGCGGCCUUCAACGCCCUGGUGCACAAGCACCGCGUCUGCCCGGCGCAGACGCUGCCGAACGAUCCUAGAAGAGAGAAGCUAGCACUGUUGCGAGAGGAAUCGGCGCGCACUUUGCAAAUCUACGACGUUAAUGAUUUCGUCAAAAGGACGGUCUGGCCCUACUGCCUCGCGGGGGGCGAUUUAAGGCACGUCGGGUUCCACGUCGUCGAUGAGUUCGUACCUUCACACGUAUCACAUUCUGAUAUCGAGGACGCGGUCUUCCCGAGCUGCUACGACGAAACGAAGGGUUCCGUACCGAACUGUUAUGCGUGGGAGGAUAAUGAUAAAAAACAUGAGCAAAAUAGAGAGGUCUGCACGCACGGCGUCACGCUCCUCGAUCGCGAGCAGCUGAUUCCGGCCGAAGUCGCGCCCUUACCUCUGCCCGAGUUAGUGAGAAGGACUCUAGUCCCCGGCCUGGAAGCGUUCCUCGAACAGUUAAAUCUACCAACAGCAUUGGACUUCCUCUACGCGAAUCGGUAUCGCAAAGGGAAACGGAGCUAUAUAAGGUUCCACCACGACCAGUUGACGAAGAUGGGCCCCGUCGUUGUGGGAGUGUCGUUGGGCGCGACGGCGCACUUGACUCUCGUAAGGACGUGUUCGAGCGACACGAAGCUGCCGGGCCGCGACGGUUCCGUGGAUGUUGAAUUGAGAGCAGGUUCGAUGUACGUCAUGAGCGGCAUCGCGCGCUACGGGCUGAAGCACGGCGUGCUCGACGCGUCGGCGCUCGGCGACCGCGUGUCGCUGACGUUUCGCGAAGUGACGAAGAAGCGGCCCUGGGUGCGGCCGCCCGCGGACAUCGUCGGGCCUUUGGUAAGGCACCCGGCGGCUCUGGGCUGCGCGUGCUGCCGGCGGGCGCCGCGGUGCGGUCGCCGCGACGCCAUCGACGCGCCCGCGAUCCGCCCGCGUGAGCGCCGCGAGUCGUUCGACGCCACGCGGCGAGAACAGGCGCCGGGAAUCCGCCCGCCAGGGCGCAUCGACACCUCAACACGGAACCGCAAGCGCGCCGAGAAGCGCAAGCGCAAGCGACGAGCCCCCUGACCCGUACCAUUCCGGGGGGCUCCGCUACGCCGCGCAAUUUUGAUAAGUUUUGUACCAUUUA